AUGUCGCAAAAGAAAUUCGCCGGCCUGAGAGAUAACUUCAAUCUCUUGGGUGAGAAAAAUAAAAUACUGGUGGCUAAUAGAGGAGAAAUUCCAAUUAGAAUAUUUCGUACCGCUCAUGAACUAUCUAUGCAAACGGUAGCUAUAUACUCUCAUGAAGACCGUCUUUCCACACAUAAACAGAAAGCCGACGAAGCAUACGUCAUUGGUGAAAUAGGUCAAUAUACCCCCGUCGGCGCCUAUUUGGCCAUUGACGAGAUUAUUUCCAUUGCUCAAAGGCAUCAGGUAGAUUUCAUCCAUCCAGGUUAUGGGUUUUUGUCUGAAAAUUCUGAGUUUGCUGAUAAAGUGGCGAAGGCAGGCAUCACUUGGAUUGGGCCUCCCGCUGGAGUGAUUGACUCUGUGGGUGAUAAGGUAUCGGCCAGAAACUUGGCAGCAAGAGCUAAUGUGCCUACCGUUCCUGGUACUCCAGGACCUAUUGAAACAGUGCAAGAGGCACUUGACUUUGUCAAUGAAUAUGGCUACCCAGUGAUCAUUAAAGCCGCUUUUGGUGGUGGUGGUAGAGGUAUGAGAGUCGUAAGAGAAGGUGACGACGUUGCAGAUGCUUUUCAACGUGCUACCUCUGAGGCCCGUACCGCCUUUGGCAACGGUACAUGUUUUGUCGAAAGGUUCUUAGACAAGCCAAAGCAUAUUGAAGUUCAAUUAUUAGCAGACAAUCACGGAAACGUGGUUCAUCUUUUUGAAAGAGACUGUUCUGUGCAAAGAAGACAUCAAAAAGUUGUCGAAGUGGCUCCAGCAAAGACUCUGCCUCGCGAAGUUCGUGAUGCUAUUUUGACAGAUGCUGUUAAAUUGGCCAAAGAAUGUGGUUAUAGGAAUGCAGGUACCGCUGAAUUUUUGGUUGAUAACCAAAACAGACACUAUUUCAUUGAAAUUAACCCAAGAAUUCAAGUGGAACAUACCAUUACGGAAGAAAUCACCGGUAUAGAUAUUGUGGCAGCCCAGAUCCAGAUUGCAGCUGGUGCUUCUUUACCUCAGCUGGGUUUGUUUCAGGACAAAAUUACUACCCGCGGAUUUGCCAUUCAGUGCCGUAUUACCACAGAAGAUCCCGCUAAGAAUUUUCAACCAGAUACUGGUAGAAUAGAAGUUUACCGCUCUGCAGGUGGUAAUGGUGUUAGACUGGACGGCGGUAACGCAUAUGCAGGAACGAUCAUAUCACCCCAUUACGAUUCAAUGCUGGUUAAGUGUUCAUGCUCAGGUUCCACCUACGAAAUUGUUCGUAGAAAAAUGAUUCGUGCAUUGAUCGAAUUCAGGAUCAGGGGUGUCAAAACCAAUAUUCCUUUCCUCUUGACACUUUUGACACAUCCCGUUUUCAUUGAUGGCACAUACUGGACAACGUUUAUCGAUGAUACUCCCCAACUUUUUCAAAUGGUCUCGUCGCAAAAUAGAGCGCAAAAGCUAUUGCACUACCUCGCUGAUGUGGCGGUCAACGGAUCAUCUAUCAAGGGUCAAAUUGGUUUGCCAAAGUUGAAAUCAAACCCAAGUGUUCCUCAUUUGCACGAUGCUCAAGGUGAUGUUAUAAACGUUCUAAAGACCGCACCACCUUCUGGAUGGAGACAAGUCUUGCUAGAAAAGGGCCCGGCUGAAUUUGCCAAGCAAGUCAGACAAUUCAAUGGUACUCUGUUAAUGGAUACCACUUGGAGAGAUGCUCAUCAGUCCUUACUGGCAACGAGAGUCAGAACCCAUGAUUUGGCUACAAUCGCUCCAACCACAGCACAUGCUCUUGCAGGUGCCUUCGCUCUAGAAUGUUGGGGUGGUGCCACGUUUGAUGUCGCAAUGAGAUUCUUGCAUGAGGAUCCAUGGGAACGUCUAAGAAAGUUAAGAGCCUUGGUGCCCAAUAUCCCAUUUCAAAUGUUAUUACGUGGUGCCAAUGGUGUGGCUUAUUCUUCAUUACCUGACAACGCUAUUGAUCAUUUCGUCAAGCAGGCCAAAGAUAACGGUGUUGACAUAUUUAGAGUCUUUGAUGCCUUGAAUGAUCUGGAACAAUUGAAAGUCGGCGUAGAUGCUGUGAAGAAAGCUGGUGGUGUUGUGGAAGCUACGGUUUGUUUCUCCGGUGAUAUGCUUCAACCAGGUAAGAAAUACAAUUUGGAUUAUUAUUUAGAAAUUGCUGAAAAAAUUGUUCAAAUGGGCACCCAUAUUCUCGGUAUCAAAGAUAUGGCCGGUACCAUGAAGCCAGCGGCUGCCAAACUAUUGAUUGGAUCUCUGAGGGCUAAAUAUCCUGAUCUCCCAAUACAUGUUCACACCCAUGACUCUGCAGGUACUGCUGUUGCAUCCAUGACUGCGUGUGCCUUAGCAGGCGCGGAUGUUGUUGAUGUAGCCAUUAAUUCGAUGUCUGGUCUAACUGCCCAACCAUCAAUCAAUGCUCUGUUGGCAUCAUUAGAAGGUAACAUCGAAACUGGCAUCAACGUUGAGCAUGUUCGUGAAUUAGACGCCUACUGGGCGGAAAUGAGAUUGUUAUAUUCUUGUUUCGAAGCUGACUUAAAGGGUCCAGAUCCAGAAGUUUACCAACAUGAAAUUCCUGGUGGCCAAUUGACUAACCUGUUAUUCCAAGCCCAGCAAUUAGGUCUCGGCGAACAAUGGGCUGAAACCAAGAGGGCCUACAGGGAGGCUAACUACUUAUUGGGUGAUAUUGUUAAAGUUACCCCAACCUCCAAGGUUGUCGGUGAUCUAGCACAAUUUAUGGUUUCAAACAAAUUAACCUCCGAUGACGUCAAACGCCUGGCAAAUUCUUUAGAUUUCCCUGAUUCCGUCAUGGACUUCUUUGAAGGUUUAAUCGGCCAACCAUAUGGCGGGUUUCCAGAACCAUUCAGAUCAGAUGUGCUAAGAAACAAAAGAAGAAAGUUAACUUGUCGCCCAGGAUUAGAAUUGGAGCCAUUUGAUUUGGGAAAAAUUAGAGAGGAUUUGCAAAACAGAUUUGGUGAUGUCGAUGAAUGUGAUGUUGCUUCUUAUAACAUGUAUCCAAGGGUUUACGAAGACUUUCAAAAGAUGAGAGAAACCUACGGCGAUUUGUCUGUACUACCAACAAGAAGUUUCUUAUCUCCACUAGAGACUGAUGAAGAAAUUGAGGUUAUAAUCGAACAAGGUAAAACUUUAAUUAUCAAGUUACAAGCUGUUGGUGAUUUAAACAAGAAGACUGGUGAAAGGGAAGUCUACUUUGAUCUGAACGGUGAAAUGAGAAAAAUCCGUGUUGCUGAUAGAUCACAAAAAGUAGCAACUAUCACCAAAUCGAAGGCGGACAUUCAUGAUCCGCUGCACAUUGGUGCACCAAUGGCAGGUGUUAUUGUUGAAGUUAAAGUUCACAAAGGCUCAUUGAUAAAGAAAGGCCAACCCGUAGCCGUAUUAAGUGCCAUGAAAAUGGAAAUGAUUAUCUCUUCUCCAUCUGAUGGGCAAGUCAAAGAAGUGUUUGUCUCCGAUGGAGAAAAUGUGGACUCUUCUGAUUUAUUGGUUUUAUUAGAAGACCAAGUUCCUGUUGAAACUAAGGCAUGA